GCAUUUAUUUCCCUAUAGAACAGUAUGGGUUUUUGAACAAGCUGCCUGGACUCAUCUGAUAAACUUCAUCCAACAUUGGUGAUGAAAAGCUGAGGAUGACACUGGCACAGGUUGCCCAGGGAACUUGUGGAUGCCCCUUCCCUGGAAGUGCUGAAGGUGAAGUAUGACAGUAAGGUCAAGAAAUACCCAAGUGGACUUCUGAGGUAACGAAGGAAGAAAAAUGGAGCCGGAGACCAUUUUAAGUCUUAGACAGCAGCUCAAGGAAGCAGAGAAUGAGCGAAGAAAGGCAGCACAAUAUGGUUUGCAUUUGUUGGAGUCCCAAACUGAAGUUCAGAAUCAGCUGGAUCAAACGCGCCGUGAAUUGACUGAGAAAACUGAGAAAUUUGAACAGGAGAAAUACACUCUUCAGAGAGAAGUUGAACUCAAAAAUCGAAUGUUGGAAAGCUUGAAUUAUGAAUGUGAUUCCCUUAAGCAACAGCAAAACAUGCAGCUGGAUAAACAGAAAGAGCAGCUUGCCAGGGUCUAUGGGCAAGAAAUCAGUGACCUUAAAAACAAGCUGGAGAACCUGAAAGCAGAACUAGAUGAAACUCGACUCUCAGAGAAACAGUUAAGACACAAAGUAGAUCAUCAGAAGGAAAUAAUUGCUGCCAAAUCGGAAGAACUGCGCAUGAUGUCUGAACGUGUACAUGAGACCAUGUCUUCAGAAAUGCUUAAUCUCCAGAUGGAACUCACUGAACUGGAAAGCAUGAAGGCGGAUGUUGAAGAAAAGCUGAAUGAACUGCAGUACAGUAAAGAACAAUUAGAACUUGUAAACAGUAACCUACGUAGUCAGCUGGAGCGUCUACAGGGAGAAAAUGAAGAGAGGGAAAAAGAAGUUGUUUCUUAUUGUAAUGCGUUAGAGAAAGCUCGUGAGGCUAAUCAAGAGCUUCAGCUUCAGCUGGAUCAAGCAGUGCAGCAAUCUUUGGACCCCACAAGUAAAGGCAAUUCUCUCUUUGCAGAGGUGGAAGACCGUAGGGCAGAAAUGGAACGGCAGCUGAUCAGUGUGAAAGUAAAAUAUCAGUCACUACAGAAACAGCAUGCAUUCACUAGAGAACAAUUGCAAAGAAUGAAGCUGCAAAUGGCCACACUGCUGCAGCUGAAAGGCUCUCAGGCAGAAUUCGAGCAGCUGGAACGCUUACAGUCUAUAUUAGAACAAAAGAAUGGUGAGAUAGAAGAACUUCUCAUGAAAGUGAGGCAGCUAGAAAAAUUUAAGGCUUUGUAUGAGAAUAUGGAAGAAUCUAAGGCUAAUAGUAGCUCAAAAGGAGGGGAGUCUGAGGAUGGUUACUAUGUGGAUUUACUGCAAAUGAAACUUGACAACUCCAACAAGGAAACUGAAACCUUGAAAAAUGAAUUAUCCUUGCAGAGGAUGAAAGCUCUGUAUGAGAGCCAAAGGGUUCUGGAAGUGGAACGGAAGCUCUUCACAAAUGAGAGGCGUUUGCAAGCUUGUCAGAGUGAGAAUAUGAACUUGAGAGUUAUGCUGGAUGAGCUAAAAAUGAAAUAUGAACCUGAAGAAUUGCUUACCGGCACUAAAAUUAAAAAGAAGAGUGAGAAGAUUCCAGUGGACAGUACUUGUGAGUACUUGGACAGCAAAAAUACUUUGGUAAAAGAAGCUACACUCACUCAAUUGCCAAGUAAGGAAGAAGCAAAGAUGACCACCAAAAACUUGGAGCAAAGCUCUGCUUCUCUGAAAAAACAUGCUCUUGAAGCACCACCAGUAAAUACAGCUCUUCAAGCAAUGCAAAAAGAACCUGAAAGAGAAAGAAAGAGAGCUAAAACUAAAGAUGAGAACGUUGAUGCAUGUACUUUGAACAGCAGAAGUGGAAGUAAUUCCUUGACUUCAGCUGCCCCCAGGUCAGUGUCAGCUUCUGUCUAUGGCCAAGGCAAUCAGCACAGACCUGCAUCUCUUUUCUUUCGCUGCAUGAACUGUGCUAUCUACUUUUUUAUCUAUUUCCUCAGUGUUGCAUGCAGUGUAAUUCCUCAGCUCCGGCUGCCUACGUUGAACCUCUCAAAACUUCUUAGAAAGACUAAAAUGAUGACUAAUGACAAAGACUCUUGAAACUGUAACCAUCUUUGAAAUAUAUUUCCUAUUACUUGAAAAGUUGUAAGAUGUGCAGACAGCAUGACAGUUCACUCUAUUUACCCUGACUUCACACACAGGACCUUGGUCCCCUUAAAGCUAACACAGAGCUGUGUUAAGCAUCAAAGUAGCAAAGGCAAUAGGUAUCAUGCUUCAGUUUCAUACCUGUUUUCAGCCCUCAUCAACCAUCAGAUUUAGCUAAAAGCCUAAAAAUUAUUUAAAUUAAGUUAUUAUUAAUCCGAAUUGGGUUAAGAGAAUAUGCACUGUACAAGACAACAGACAAUUAAUUAUGCUCUUUGUGUUGUCAGAAAACUGACUUCCCUAAUCUGGAUGCAUGAUAGCUAGAAGCACAACUGCUAACCUGAGACUGAGUUUUUCCCUUCAACUGAGAAUUUAAGUUACUUGAUAGAUGGUAAAGUAACUUAGUACAGUAAUUACCCUGAAUUUUUUACCUUGGUAAAAGAAAUGCUGACUUAUUUUUCUAGCUGAUGCUUUUGUAUUCUGUUCGUAUUCAUAAUCUUAGGAAACACAUAUUGGAGUAUUUCUAGGGGAAGAAAGACGAAUCUGGGGUAGUGGGGUGUUUUGAACUCACAGCUUUUUAAUGUCUGCUAGAAAAAAUGUUUUGUUGAAUAUAGGAUGACAGCAGCUUCAAAGAUGGAGCAAGGCAUCACCUGUGGAAAUCUGUAUGGUGUAUUCAAAGUUAAUGGCAUUCCUAAGUAAUUGGAUUGAUAUUUUGAUUCUUGGAUCAAUUAUUCAAGGUUGCAUUGGAUGCACUUAGCAGACUUAAGUGACCAAACAGUACAAAUUUCUGAAAUAGUCUGGGAAGAAUAUGGUAGAAAUAGCGGUUUCGGUAGCUGUGUGCUGAGGACAGAUGAGGGAGGUCGAAUGUGGGUGGUGGGUGUUGAGAGGAAAGAUGGAAUAACUUAGUGUGACGAUAUUGUGUUUUGAUGGUGCUUUCUGCACAUAGAGGAACAGAUAGUGUCUCACUUGGGUGUGAGAGGUUGAACUUAUUUCCUCGUGUGCCUUUUGGAAACGAAGGUGUCUGUCAGCUGGAAGUUGUUGCAAACUGUUCAUGUGAACUGAAGGGGCAAACCUACUGCAGAGGGGGUAAGAAGAAGGAAUUGCUUUAUGAGGCUGAUCUUUGGAAACAGAAGGUGGAAAAAGUAGAAGAGGAAGAUGAUGUCAUAGUUCAGAGGGAGAGUUCUAAUCUUGCACCCAUUGCUGUUGGUUCAAGUAAGGUAUAAAGCUUAAAUCAGUAGAUAUUAAAAAAUAAAACCCACUAAUGCAACAGCAUUUGAAAACAUCACAGAACUCUUUUAGCUUUAGAGUUUUCUUCAGUGGUGGUGUGAACCUGCAACAGGCAGAUUCUGGCAGAAGGUUCUGUUUGUGUUUCCAUUUGUAUUCGUGAACUAAUAAAUCCUCAAUUAACUAUGUGGUUAAGAUAAAAUCAAGGACUUCCUUAGCCCUUAUCUGUCAUGUUUUAUUAUUAAGUAGGAAGUAAUGAUAAGAUCUGAGUAUUUGACAGAUAGUAUUUCUAGACAAUAGAUUCACUGGACUGUCUGUGAUGGAUGUGGCCAAAACACUGUGUAGGAAUACAGCUGACCGUGAAGGUAGAAAACCCACUGGCAACAUGACCGGGAUUGUGGACCUGGAAACGGAGAGUGUAGGGAAGCAAAAAAUAAUUGGCUUGUGCAUGUUGGAUAACUGUUAGCACUUCACUUUGUGUUAAGUAAAAUGUGAUGCUGUGGCUGAGAAGGCUGUUGUGAUUGUUGGGGACUAUUUUGGUAACAGAAGUAGGUGUUGUGCAAGAAUUACUUGAGCUCUGUCAUUGUCAUUCCAUGAAAAGUGGCAGUGAAAACAACUUGUAGUAACUGUGUGAGGAUUGGGUACUUCAUCUCUAGAAAAUAGCAUUUGAAAAGCUUAGUCAUUUUGGCUUGGGAGGUGAUGAAGACGUGGUUAGAAGUGAUCUAUACAUGCUUGUAUGGUUUUCCUUAUGAAGAGUCUUGCUUAUGUGAUGUAGCAAGAUAAAGCCA